AACUCUCUUCCAUUUUCCUCCGCCUCUGGUUGUCAAGAAGAUGGCAGCUUCCAGGCAGGCAUGAGAGGAAAUACUUCUUCACAAAUCGAAUGAAUUUGGAUUAUUGCCGCAAGAUAAGACCACAUACCCGUGUUUUUGCGAUUACUGCAUCGAAAUAAAAGUCAUGUCUGUCCCUGGCUCCGCGGUGUCCGGGACCACGGCGUCGGUUCUGCAGCCGCGAUGGAAACGGGUCCUCGGAUGGUCCGGUCCAGUUCCCCGGCCCAGACAUGGACACAGAGCUGUGGCUAUAAAGGAGCUUAUGGUUGUCUUUGGCGGUGGAAACGAAGGGAUUGUGGAUGAACUACAUGUAUACAACACUGCGACCAACCAGUGGUUUAUCCCAGCGGUCCGGGGUGAUAUUCCUCCUGGUUGUGCUGCAUAUGGUUUUGUCUGUGAUGGCACAAGAUUGCUAGUGUUUGGUGGAAUGGUGGAGUACGGAAAGUACAGCAACGAUCUCUAUGAACUACAGGCCAGCAGAUGGGAAUGGAAAAAGUUGAAAGCAAAAAACCCGAAGAAUGGCCCUCCUCCUUGUCCUCGUCUCGGUCACAGUUUUUCCCUGGUUGGCAACAAAUGCUACCUGUUUGGUGGACUAGCCAAUGACAGCGAGGACCCCAAAAACAACAUUCCCAGAUACCUGAAUGAUCUGUACACACUUGAGCUUCGUGCAGGUUCCAGUGUGGUUGGAUGGGAUAUUCCAAUCACAUAUGGAGUCUUGCCUCCUCCUCGCGAGAGCCACACUGCUGUGGUGUACACAGAAAAGACGAGCAGGAAAUCUCGCCUGAUAAUCUAUGGAGGGAUGAGUGGUUGUCGUCUUGGAGAUCUGUGGACACUUGAUAUUGAUACCCUGACGUGGAAUAAACCAUCAGUAAAUGGGACAGCACCGCUCCCCAGAAGUCUUCACUCUGCCACUACCAUCACAAACAAGAUGUAUGUGUUUGGAGGAUGGGUUCCUUUGGUUAUGGAUGACGUCAAAGUGGCCACACACGAGAAGGAGUGGAAGUGCACAAACACUCUUGCCUGCCUAAAUCUUGACUCCAUGUGUUGGGAGACAGUGUUGAUGGAUACUCUUGAAGACAAUAUCCCCAGGGCUCGUGCUGGCCACUGUGCUGUGGCCAUAAAUUCGAGACUCUAUGUUUGGAGUGGCCGUGAUGGUUAUCGUAAAGCUUGGAACAACCAAGUCUGUUGUAAAGACCUCUGGUACCUGGAAACAGAGCGGCCACACGCUCCUGCCAGGGUGCAGUUAGUCCGUGCCAACACAAAUUCUCUGGAGGUGAGCUGGGGUGCCGUCUCAACUGCGGACACCUACUUACUGCAGCUGCAGAAAUAUGACAUCCCUGCAACUCCAGCUGCAGCCUCACCAGUCAUGAGUGCAACCCCCUCGCUGCCUGUGAACUCUCCCAAAAGCCCCGUGCCGGCUGCUGCAGCACCCUCUGCUCAGAGUCUACAACAGACAGCUGUUUUGAAAGUUCAAGCUCAACAGUCUGCCACAGGCACAUCUGUUGUCACAGUCCGGCCCAGCCAACCUGGGAAAUCCCCUGUCACUGUGACAUCCCUUCCUCCAGGUGUCAGAAUGGUAGUGCCCGCCCAGACCACCCAAGGAUCGCCAAUUGGCAGUAGCCCUCAGAUGAGUGGCAUGGCAGCUUUAGCUGCAGCAGCUGCAGCCACACAGAAGAUCCCGCCCUCCUCUGCAGGCACUGUCCUCAAUGUUCCUGCAGGUGCCACCAUUCUCAAAACAGUAGCUGUUUCCCCUGGCACAACCACAAUGAAGGUGGCUUCUCCAGUCAUGGUCAGUAACCCAGCCACCCGGAUGCUGAAAACUGCUGCAGCCCAGGUGGGCACAGCAACUGCGUCCUCUCCCACUACCACCAGACCCAUCAUCACUGUGCACAAAUCUGGUGCAGUCACAGUGGCCCAGCAGGCCCAGGUGGUAACCACUGUGGUGGGAGGAGUCACCAAGACCAUCACUCUGGUCAAGAGUCCCCUCACCAUGGGCAGCAGUGGCACUCUGAUCUCCAACCUUGGCAAGAUGAUGUCUGUGGUACAAACCAAGCCAGUGCAGACAUCAGCUGUAACAGGCCAGGCUUCCACUAACCCUCUCACACAGAUCAUACAGACAAAGGGUCCCCUCCCAGCUGGCACCAUCCUGAAGCUGGUGACCUCUGCAGAUGGCAAGCCCACAACAAUCAUCACCACUUCCCAGGCAGGAGGCACAGGAAACAAGCCCACUAUCCUUAACAUCAGCGGCGUCUCUCCUAGCACCACUAAGCAGGGCACCACCAUCAUUAAGACCAUCCCAAUGUCGGCCAUCAUGACCCAGCCUGGAGCUACAGGUGUGACAAGCAGCGCAGGCAUGAAAACACCUAUCACAAUCCUUACCACAAAGGUGAUGACUACUGGAACUCCUGGUAAAAUCAUCACUGCAGUGCCCAAACUUGCCACUGCAGCUGGCCAACAGGGACUGACACAGGUGGUUUUGAAGGGUGCUCCUGGGCAGCCUGGCACUAUUUUACGCACCGUGCCCAUGAGCACAGUGGGUGGUGUUCGACUUGUUACACCAGUGACUGUCUCUGCUGUAAAGCCCACUGUCACCACUCUGGUUGUCAAGGGGACUACUGGUGUCACCACUCUUGGGACAGUCACUGGUACAGUCUCCAGUAGCCUGCCAGGAGGAACUGUGGACAGCUCCAACGCCUCUCUGGUUACCCCCAUCACCACACUGGGAACCAUCGCUACCCUGUCCAGCCAGGUCAUUAGCCCAUCUGCCAUAACUGUGUCAGCUGCUCAGACCAGCCUGACUUCUGCCUCCUCCCUGCCUUCCUCUACAAUGACAGUGCAGAACCAGCCCACCCAGGUGACUCUGAUCACAACUCCCAGUGGUGUAGAAGCUCAACCAGUGCAGGAUCUACCAGUAUCCAUCCUGGCCUCACCAACCUCUGAGCAGCCCAGCUCCUCAGAGGCUGGAGCAGCCGGAGAGGGCUCUGGCACAGUCACCCUCGUCUGCUCUAACCCGCCCUGCGAGACCCACGAGACAGGAACCACCAACACAGCCACCACCUCUUCUGCUACAAUGGGAGCAGGACAGGUGUGCUCUAAUCCCCCCUGCGAGACCCACGAGACCGGAACCACCAACACAGCCACCACCUCUUCUGCUACAAUGGGAGCAGGACAGGUGUGCUCUAAUCCACCCUGUGAGACCCACGAAACAGGCACCACCAACACAGCCACAACUGCAUCUUCAAACAUGUCUGUGCCGCGUGAGUGCUCCAACCCACCAUGUGAGACUCAUGAAACUGGGACAACUAACACAGCUACCACAGCAUCGGCUAAUAUGGGAGGAGUCCAGAAUGUGUGCUCCAAUCCACCCUGUGAAACCCAUGUGACGGGCACCACCAACACAGCCACCCAGGCGUCCUCUAACAUGAACACAGGCCAGACGGGCACUGCGCAGAGGGUGUGCUCCAACCCACCCCGGGAAACGCACGAGACGGGGACCACCAACACCCCGUCCACAGCCAGCUCCAACAUGGGAAGCGACAAGACCAACACAGCGACAGGCCAGGUCCAGAGGGUGUGCUCCAGCCCGCCCUACGAAACACACAAGACAGGUACCACCAGUACCCCAUCCGCAGCCAGCUCCAACAUGGGAAGCGACCAGACCAGCACAGCGACAGGCCAGGUCCAGAGGGUUUGCUCCAACCCACCCUACGAAACACACAAGACAGGUACCACCAGUACCCCAUCCACAGCCAGCUCCAACAUGGGAAGCGACCAGACCAGCACAGCGACAGGCCAGGUCCAGAGGGUUUGCUCCAACCCGCCCUAUGAAACACACGAGACGGGUACCACCAGUACCCCAUCCACAGCCAGCUCCAACAUGGGAAGCGACCAGACCAGCACAACGACAGGCCAGGUCCAGAGGGUUUGCUCCAACCCGCCCUGUGAAACGCACGAGACUGGGACAACCAACACAGCCACCACUGCCACCUGCACCAUGGAGACAGGCGAAGGCACAGCAGCCCAGCAGACAGAGGAGGGAGCAGAAGGUACCAGCAGCACAGAAGAGGCCCCCACCACUGCAGCACCUGGUGUAGUUACCACCUCCCAGGGCAGGGCCAUCACUACGGUCACCCAGUCCACACCAGCCCCCGGACCCUCUGUACCUUCGAUCUCAUCAAUCACAGAGGGUGCGAGCACUGCUGCCAGCUCCACAGAGGAACCCAUGCAAACUGAUGAAGUAGCAUCAGCAGAAGCUGCACCUGCCGAGCAGGGAGCCACCGCUAUGGAGACACAAGCAGAGGUAAAUUCUGAUGCCACACAAAGCCAGUGUUGGCCUGACAUUUUAAAAGUCCAUUCAAUCAAAGAUAUGUUACGUGUGUAUAUCACCUCUAAUGUGGUCUUUCAGGGAGAAGCAGCCACAGCGACUGCCUUGAAUCUGCCCUCAGAGCUAAUGUCUGAGGGUCAGGGAGCCACACUCAUGGUGACAGGGCUGUCAGACGAGGAGCUGGCUGUGACUGCAGCAGCAGAGGCUGCUGCUCAGGCAGCAGCCACUGAAGAAGCCCAGGCCCUUGCUAUCCAGGCUGUCCUCCAGGCAGCUCAGCAAGCCGUAAUGAAUGAGAGCGAUUCCACUGGAGAGAGCCAGCAAACCACCAACAUCCCCAUCAUGUUGACCCAGCAAGAGCUUGCGGUGCUGGUCCAGCAGCAGCAGCAGCUGCAAGAGGCUCAGGCUGCUGCACAGCAGGCCACCGUGGACAGCAGCUUGCCCACAGAAGGCCUCGCCCCUGCUGACAGCCUCAACGACCCCUCUGUCGAAAGCAACGGACACAAUGAGAUGGCAGCCGCAGUCACCAGUGCUGUGGCGUCACUGCUGCCACGUACCAGUGCUGAGACACUUGCUCCAUCAAGCACAUUUGCACCCUCUGUAUCAGCGGCAAGUCCAGCCAAGCUGCAAGCAGCAGCCGCUCUAGCAGAGGUCGCCAAUGGCAUAGAGGGAGAGAAGCAAGGCCCUCAGCCAACCCCAGUGAAGCCUGUUGUGAAGAAGGAGAACCAGUGGUUUGAUGUUGGAAUCGUUAAAGUGACAAAUAUGGUUGUCACCCACUUCUACGUGCCAGCAGAUGAUUCUCAUGGAGAUGAUGACUCUGGCAUCAUGCCAGACUACAGCCAGAUGAAGAAAAUGGAGCUGCAGCCUGGAACAGCUUACAAGUUCCGUGUUGCUGGAAUCAACGCUUGUGGUCGUGGAGCUUUUUCAGAGAUAUCUGCUUUCAAGACUUGCCUACCAGGCUUCCCAGGGGCACCUUGCGCCAUCAAAAUCAGCAAGAGCCCAGAUGGUGCCCACCUGACCUGGGAGCCACCCUCGGUGACAUCAGGGAAGAUCAUCGAGUACUCCGUGUACCUGGCCAUCCAGAGCAACCAGACAGCUGAAGCCAAGGCCUCCACCCCGGCGCAGCUAGCCUUCAUGCGCGUGUACUGUGGACCCAACCCCUCUUGCUUAGUGCAAUCGUCGAGCCUCUCCAACGCCCACAUUGACUACACCACCAAGCCAGCCAUCAUCUUCCGCAUCGCAGCCCGCAAUGAGAAGGGCUACGGUCCUGCCACCCAAGUUCGAUGGCUGCAAGAAUCUGGCAAAGAUGCUGCCUCUGCUAAACCGGCCCCCAAAAGACCAGGCACCUCCCCUGAUACUAAGGCUACUGGUCCAAAGAAAGCAAGGACGGACCAGUGAGGUUGCCCAGAGACCCCUCCCAGUCUUUUGUCCUUUUUCAACUCGCUGUCCUUUUAUCAGGAAGACUGACCUUCACCCCUCCUCCACCUCCACAUCCUCAUCCUAAUCUCAUCCUCCACCCUCAAGUCUCAGAUCACGACAGCAGUGGAGGCAGAACAACCGUAUGAAGCCGAGAUGAAAGUCAAUCUGAGAUGUUUCUGUAGAUAAAAAUCCUCCUCCCUCCUCGUUCUGUUGGUCGUACUAUUUUUAGAGCAACACAAACUUAGAAGCACAUUAUCUUUUUCAGUCACAUCCCCUUCCAUCGUUUAACAUCUAUUUUUGGCUUGUUUCAGUAGUAUAGAGAAGCAUUUACGUCUUUCACAAACUGGGAGCCAGCCUGAGCGCAAAGUUACCUUUUCUUUUUUGUCUUUGUUUUGUGAAUCCUGGGGGGGAUGUAGAGAGAGACUACAUGAAAUGAUGUACAGUGUUGAAAAAGGCUGUGGAGGCAAUAGUUUAGACGAGAGGAAAAAUUGGUAUGGAAACAAAUAAAGCACUUGUCCUCAACGGAAAGAGGACAUAAUUUUUUUUCCUUUCUUUUUUUGCUCAAAACAAAUUUGCUUCAUCGAGAACCGAGUCUAUAGUCAUCGUACUGGACUCCAGUCUCCUGGUAAUGUCAUCACUGUGCGCUUCUAACCCCAAGAUGAGGACUGGUGGCCGACACUUCAAAGUGGACAAAAAGAGAACGACAAAGGAAGAGAUUUGUAGAGAAUGAAUGACAGACUUUGCUAGGACUGAGACUUGCAGCACACAAAAAAAAAAUCUUCAAAAAUCUUCCCAAAAAAUUAGCAAGCAAUGACGCAGAAGAUCUUGUGUAGUUUAUUUUUGUAUUUUUUAAGCUUUUUUUCCCCCCCUCCUGUGUGUGUGUGUAUGUGUAUGUAUGUUGUGUGCAUUUUUAAAAACAUCACUUUUUUUAACUGUUGUUCAUCCCCAUAGUUUGUGUUCGUGGGAAAAUGGGUGGCUGUGUUGAGGUUGCCACUAUAUUUUUAAAAGAAAAUCUUUCAUUAAGUUGGUCGUAUGUUCUUGUCGUUAACAGAUGGUCAUGAAAGCGAGAAAGACUUUUUGUAUUUGUUCCAAGUAGAACCGCAGAGGUUAUAGGACUGAAGGGAACUUUGAAGUGGACCCAGUGAGAGGAGACUUUUGACUUUGUUUACUACUCAAUGCUUGUGUUGCUUUGUUUGCCAAAAUGGAGUUUCACAGGGUAUGAAGAAAAAUAACAUUACACCUCUUCAUACCUUUCCCACUAUCAUCCCUAUCAGUUGUCCUACGCUUUUUAUGCUCAUGAAUGUGGUGUCUCACCUCGUCUUCAUUUUUUUUUUUUUUUUUUUUUUUUUUUUAGAAUGGCAAAUUAUAUUAGUAGACAUAUUUUCCCUAUCCUAUUGAUGUAUGUGAAUCCAUUUAAUAAAUUUUAAUUUUUUCCUUC